AUGUCCGACGAGCAGACUUUCAUUGCCAUCAAGCCCGAUGGUGUCCAGCGUGGUCUCGUUGGCCCCAUCAUCUCCCGCUUUGAGAACCGCGGCUUCAAGCUCGUUGCCAUGAAGCUGUGCUCUCCUAGCCAGGAGCACCUCGAGAAGCACUACGCCGACCUUGCCGGCAAGGGCUUCUUCAAGGGCCUCAUCUCCUACAUGCUGAGCGGCCCCAUCUGCGCCAUGGUCUGGGAGGGUAAGGACGUCGUCAAGACCGGCCGUGUCAUCCUCGGUGCCACCAACCCCCUGGCCUCCGCCCCCGGUACCAUCCGUGGUGACUUCGCCAUCGACGUUGGCCGCAACGUCUGCCACGGCUCCGACUCCGUCGAGUCUGCCCAGAAGGAGAUCGGCCUCUGGUUCACUCCCUCCGAGGUCCUCAAGUGGAAGCACACCGCUUCCCAGUGGAUCUACGAGUAA